GAACAAAUCAAUUCCAAUGGACAGCGACAGCUUAGUACUGUGGCGGCGGCCCUUCACCACCCUCGAGUACUUCUUUAGAGAACUUCUAAUACUGAUCAGCACUGGACUGCAACGGUUAUUAGCGUAUAGACUACUGGCGUUAUCAACCAUUGUGCUAGCAGCCAGUACAGUUGUGUCUUACUACAUUAGUGGGCCACACCAGGCUUACGUACAU